UUCUAUCAAAUUGCCAUCGAGCAACUGAUACAUUUCUGUUGUUUCCAACUAAAGCUUGUUUUGAACAGACUUCUGGAAAUACCCAAUUUCUACAUCCAUGGUUACAUCACUUUUCCAUAGCAAAUAACAGAGAAUUCUUUUACAAAUGCAAUCAUCGAACCUUCAAUAUUUCUACAUCUGUUUCGUUUGUUUUGACGAUGAUUUUAUUUGAUAAAGAAGCUGUUCCUCGACAUUUAGCCAAACUUUGAAUUCCACAUUACGCGCCAUUACGUAUGGGCGUGCAUACAGUGUCACAAUGUUGCGAGCAUAAAAGUGGAACGUGAGCGAGAUAAAACAGAUGCACGCCAUAAUAGUGAAAACACAAGGACGGGUCGACGGGGUACAAAAUAACAUUACCCAAGUCCUCUAAGUAUUACGUGAACGGCAGCGAGAAAGCGCAUUUCUCUAGUGGAUCUCGAAGUGGAAAGUGGACACACGAGGACUUUGGAAAGAGUUUCGGCAGCCUCGCCACACAUCAUUUGUUCCCCGACGACGCUGGAAGCCUGCCAUUAACUCACCGCGAUCGAAAAAGAAUGCGUCAUGACUAACUACGUUGGAAUCUUACUGUUAAUGGCUUGCCUCGUCCAUUGCGGAGAGUCUGAGUCGUUCUUGGACGCCAUGAGGAGUUACGGACCGUCGCCGGAAGUCUUAAAUAGAAUCGAUCCCAAUAACAAGAGAUACGACUUCAUUGUCGUAGGCGCCGGAUCGGCUGGCUCCGUGCUAGCCAACCGUCUCUCGGAGAACAAAAAAUGGAACGUCCUCCUUCUCGAAGCUGGUGGUCCCGAGACUCUGCUCCAUCAGAUACCAAUCCUCGUGGGUUACUUUCAAUUAUCGAACUUCAACUGGGGCUACAAAGUGGAGCCUCAACGAAACGCCUGCCUGGGAAUGGUGAAUCGACAAUGCUCUUGGCCGCGAGGCAAGGCUCUAGGUGGCACGAGUACUCUCAAUUACAUGAUCCAUACACGCGGUAACAAGCUGGAUUACGAUAUCUGGGCCGCGCUGGGCAACGAGGGCUGGUCUUACAACGACGUAUUGCAUUAUUUCAAGAAGAGCGAAAAAUUCGACGUACCAGGUAUCAAGAACUCCUCGUACCACGGCGACGAAGGCUAUCUAAACGUUCAGCACGUUCCGUACCACACGGAACUGGCCACAGCUUUUCUGAAAGCUGGUACGCAACUCGGUUAUAAGAUCGUGGAUUACAACGGCGCGGACCAGAUCGGAUUUUCGUACAUCCAAGCGACAAUGGACAAAGGGACCAGGUGCAGCGCCUCGAAGGCUUAUCUUCGAGUCAACAGACCGAACUUGAACAUCGUCACCGGGGCAAUGGUCACCAAAGUCCUGAUCGACGAGAACAAGCACGCGUUCGGGGUCGAGUACGUGUGGAACAAUCGGACCAAGAAGGUCUUCUGCUCCAAGGAGGUUGUUCUAUCGGCCGGAACUAUAGACUCCGCGAAAUUGUUGAUGUUGUCUGGAAUAGGUCCCAAGGAUCACCUGGAGGAGCUGGGAAUCGAGGUGGUGCAGGACUCCAAGGUCGGAUACAACAUGUACGAGCACAUCGGUUUUCUCGGAUUGACCUUCUUGGUGAACCAACCUGUGUCGUUGCUGCAAAUCAGGCUAGCAAGACCAGGCGUGUUUGUGCAGUAUAUUCUGAAUAGGAGCGGCUUGAUGUCACUUCCUGGAGGAGCGGAAGCUCUGGCGUUCAUCAGAACGAAGUACGCGCCCGACAGCAGACCGGACGUGGAACUUUUGUUCGCGUCUGGAUCGCUGCACUCCGACGGAGGCGUGCCGUUGAAGAAGGCACUCAGGAUAUCCGACGAGCUCUACAACACCGUUUACAAACCGAUCGAGAAUCAGGACGCGUGGUCGAUAUGGCCAAUCCUGCAAAAUCCCAGGAGCAUCGGUAAACUCACUCUGAGAUCAGCGGAUCCGUUCGAGCCGCCCAAGAUGGACCCGAAUUUCUUCGAGCAUCCGGCGGACAUCGAGAUCAUUCUCGAGGGGAUCAAGCACGCGAUCAACGUCUCGAAGACGGUUCAUUUCCAGAAAUACGGGACCAGGUUGCACGAUAUAAAGAUUCCUGGUUGCGAAGCUUUCGAAUUCGCUAGCGACGACUAUUGGCGAUGCGCCAUCAAGCACAUGCCCUCGAUGAUGAACCACGAAAUAGGCACGGUUAAAAUGGGACCUAAGAGCGACCCUUACGCUGUCGUGGAUCCGCAGCUGAUGGUGCAUGGUGUGCAGAGACUAAGAGUCGCGGAUGCUUCAAUCAUGCCAACGAUGCCCACUGGACACGUGAAUGCGGGCAUUUAUAUGAUCGGAGAGAAGGCGGCUGAUAUGAUCAAACGAUCUUGGAAAUAAUGAUCCUAGUAACGGUAGAUUGUAAUAACAUGGCUCGAAAACCUCGCUUUGUUGCGAAUGAGACACCUAGACUAUCCUGUUGCCACAAAGAAUUGCUCAAGAUUGUUCCUUAUGGAAAACCUGAUACUGGUCACAACAUUUGUGGUAAUUAUCGAUCAACUGCCAGACCAAAUCCCUCAAAUUGUCCGCGAAUACGAAGCUUUGUUUUUAGACAAUUGGAAACUAGCAUAACAAUUUCUCACUUAUUUUUAUAGCCUCAUUAAAAUUCAAGAGUUCUAUCUAGAUUUAUUUUCUUUAACACCUAAUCUCGAGAAUUAAUUUCUGUAGUUCCUUAGUGAAAAAUCAUGUCACCCGUGGGCGGCAGUCAAUGUGUUAAGACAAUUGGAACAUAAGUCUGAUUGUAUAUAGAUGUUGCUUUUAUCAUGGGCAACUAUUAACAUUUUUAUUGCCUUUGAUGGUAGGAGUUUUGGACGAAGAUAUUAUUUGAUUUAAAGAAACGAAUGGUAGGAUUUUUUCUUUAAAUCACCUUGGUCCAAACCUGCAUUUUGUUACACAAGGACAAACAAAUAUAGUAACGAAUAGAAUCGUAAUGUAAAUUGUAUGACGGUAUUGAAAAACUAACUGUAUCAUCUAGC